GGAGUUGCUGUCAAAUGUCAGAAAUACAAAACAUUUCCAAGAAAAAAAUUAUUUGCAAGUGAAAAAUCUCUUUUAUCUGCAUAAUUUACAAAGGAGCACCGUGAAAAUUGCUGGAUAAGGCAAUGGAGAAGGAGGAGUAUGGGAAAUUCACAUCGGGUGACUGGGUGAUAGCUCAGGAAUCGAUAAGAAAAUUCGUUGAACAGAAUGACCAGAAAUUCCAUUUUGCCGAGUUAACAACGAAUGGACAGUGGAAAAUUCUCUGGGAAGCUGCAUUCUCCUACUUGAACACCCCAGCUGCGGCUCCCAUUCAUCGGGAAUGUCUCUCCGUUGUCCGAAUCCUCAGCAGAGAUAAAACGUAUCUGGAUCAAUGUAUUGCAGAUGAAAAGAUAAACUGCCUACUCAAUGCUGCUAAUAUUGGCCCCGAGAAUGGCCCCUACACAUCCAGAGUUGUCGUAGAGGCUCUCAAGUGUCUCUGCAAUUUGGUAUUUAACAGCAAAAAAUGCCAGGAAUUGUGUCUCAGCAAUACUUCCACCGAAGGGAUCAUCGGACGGAUACAUAUUCCCAAAGAGCAAGAAGUCGAGUAUGAAAUUCAGUAUUUCGACAUGAAACUCCUCUUCCUGAUCACCGCACUCAAUCCUCAGGUGCGGAAGAAAGUACGCGAUGAGAAUGGGAUGAUGCACCUCAUGGAGAAGUUGCAGAUUAUCAUGAAGGAGAAUCAGGAUUGUGAUGCAUUUUUCGACAAGCAGGUGGAUUUGCUCGGGGAAAUCCUCAAGGUGCUAUUCAAUCUCACAGUCCCAAGUGAAGGACCGAUUCCAUCGGAAGAUGAGCAAGAUAAGCAUUUUCGUCGUCUUACCGCCCUUUUGCGGGAUUUAUUUAUGCGCAGGGCAACAUCAAAGGAGAAGCAACAUGAUUUAUGGUCAAACUGCGUGAAUCUUCUUACAAGUGUCCCCACAGAAUACUUCCCGGAACUCACGCCAGAAUGCGAUGGGGGCUUCGAAGGGCGCGACAUGACGGUCCUGGAUACCCUCUUGCACUUCCUGCGCCUCCGCUUGGAGGCAAAACAAAAGGUUUCAGCCCAAAAUGAAUGUCUCUCCCCCAUUUUGACGGCCCUCGUGAAAUGCGUACGCUCCAGCAGCUGCCUCCGUCGCUAUAUUCGUUCCCAGGUGCUUCCACCCCUUCGUGAUGUACGUCGUCGCCCCGAAGAUGGUACUGAGCUGCGGAACUACCUCUGCCGGCACCUCACAACACCCGCCCUACAGGUGCGUGACCUCGUUGCGGAAUUCCUCUUUGUCAUGUGCAAAGAGAAUGUUGGGCGAAUGAUUAAGUACACGGGCUAUGGGAAUGCAGCUGGGAUGUUUGCCAAUCGUGGUCUCCUUGGGGGCCAUGGGAACCCUGGAGAAGGAUACUCCUCAGACAGUGAGGAUAGUGACACGGAGGAGUACAAGGAGUUGCAGCAUGGUAUUAAUCCCGUUCUUGGGUGCUACGAACCAAAGAGACCCAACAUCUUCGAAGGAAUGACGGAGGAGCAGAAAGAAUACGAAGCCAUGCAACUGGUGAGCCUAAUGGAUAAACUUCAGCGUCAAGGAAUUAUGCAACCCGGUCGUAUUGGGCCCGACGGUAGGCCCGUCCCUGUGGAUCACAUUCUGGAAUUGCAGGAUGAGCUUCCACAGCAACAGAGCGAUCACAAGCGCAAGACCUAAAGAAAGAGAAAGGCCUCUUCAACAGCCAACACACCCAGCAGUGUUCCGGAAGUAUUAAAUAUAAUAAAAUUCGUCGUGCAUGUGCCCUGUUAACGAAAAAUUUAUGCCAAAGACAAAUAAGAUAAUUUAACUUGAUCUAUUCCGCGCUAUAUCCCUCUCACAUUUCAGAGCUCGUGCCGUGCUCUGGCACAUCAGCAGAGGUUUUAUCAAUAAAACAAAUAAAUCGUCUCCAAA